CCCGGCCAGGCCAGGAGCGGGACUGCGCGUCGGUCCGGCGGUCCAGCCGCCUCUCCCGCUGCCGCCGGGGCCCCUCCCGGCCUCCCGCCUCUCCGGCCUGGCGGGCGGGCCCAGCUGUGUUCCAUUAGACGCCCUGGCAGGCCCCCAGCCCCCUGGAGCCGCCCCUCUUCCCCCACCCGGAGUGGCCGCAGUCCCAGGCAGGCAGGCAGGCAGGCAGGCGUGCGCCCCGGCGGCGGCGGCACUCAGCCCCGGGAGCUCCGGGGCCGGCGCGGGAAGCUGGGGACCCGCGGGGCCGGCAGCCAGGAGAGAUCGAGGACCCCACCAGGGGGCCUGAGGAAGCAAGGCCCUGCUUGCCUUGGCUGGCUGCCUGCCUGAGGCUGCCCGGACUGCUCAGGGAGGUGAGGGCAUCCCUUACCACUGGUGCUGUGGCUGUGGCUCAUCUCUCUGGACCAAGAUGUGGGUAUCUUGGGCUCCUGGCCUCUGGCUGCUCGGCCUCUGGGCCACCUUCAGCCAUGGAGCAAACACAGGGGGGCAGUGCCCACCUUCCCAGCAAGAAGGCCUCAAGUUGGAACACAGCAGCGAUCCGUCCGCCAACGUGACCGGCUUCAACCUCAUCCGCCGACUCAGCCUCCUGAAGACGUCCGCCAUCAAGAAGAUCCGCAACCCUAAGGGGCCUCUCAUCCUGCGGCUGGGGGCGGCCCCGCUGACCCAGCCCACACGCCGAGUGUUCCCUCGGGGCUUCCCGGAGGAGUUUGCGUUGGUGCUGACCCUGCUGCUGAAGAAACACACUCCCCAGAGCACGUGGUACUUGUUUCAAGUGACUGAUGGAGAUGGGUACCCGCAGAUUUCCCUGGAAGUCAACAGCCAGGAGCGGAGCCUGGAGCUCCGGGCCCAGGGCCAAGAUGGCGACUUCAUGUCCUGCAUUUUCCCAGUGCCCCAGCUCUUUGACCUGCGCUGGCACAAACUGAUGCUGAGCGUGGCUGGACGCGUGGCCUCCGUGCACGUGGACUGCGUCUCCGCCUCCUCCCAGCCCCUGGGGCCCUGGCGACCUGUGCGGCCGCUGGGCCACGUGUUCCUGGGUUUAGACGCUGAGCAGGGCAAGCCCGUCUCGUUUGACCUUCAACAGGCGCACAUCUACUGUGACCCGGAGCUCGUGCUGGAGGAGGGCUGCUGUGAGAUCCUCCCUGGAGGGUGCCCCCCAGAGACCUCCAAGGCCCGUCGGGACACCCAGAAUAAUGAGCUCAUCGAGAUCAAUCCGCAGACGGAAGGCAAAGUCUACACACGCUGCUUCUGCCUUGAGGAACCUCAGAACAGUAAGGUGGAUGCCCAGCUGACGGGAAGAAUCAGCCCGAAGGCAGACAGGGGAGCAAAGGUCCAUCGGGAGACAGCAGCCGACGAGUGCCCACCCUGUGACAAGGGUACUGGAGAGAGCAAUGUCACUCUUGGGCCCUCCGGCCCCAAGGGAGGGAAAGGUGAGCAGGGCCCGCCAGGCCCAUCAGGCCCCAAGGGAGAGAAAGGAGCACGGGGCAAUGACUGUGUUCGAGUCUCCCCCGAUGCCCCGCUUCAGUGUGCAGAAGGCCCAAAAGGAGAGAAGGGCGCAGCAGGAGCCGUGGGACCCUCAGGACCCCCAGGAUCAACAGGCCAGAAGGGUCAGAAAGGAGAGAAGGGGGACGGAGGCAUCAAGGGCCUGCCUGGAAAACCGGGCCGAGACGGCCGACCGGGAGAGAUCUGUGUCAUUGGGCCCAAAGGGCAGAAGGGAGACCCUGGCUUUGUGGGGCCUGAGGGGCUGGCAGGAGAGCCCGGGCCCCCCGGCCUCCCUGGGCCGCCUGGGAUAGGACUGCCGGGGACCCCGGGGGAUCCAGGUGGCCCACCAGGCCCUAAGGGGAACAAGGGCAGCCCCGGAGUGCCAGGAAGGGAAGGCCCUGGCGGGAAACCCGGGAAGCCAGGGGUGCCAGGGAUGAAGGGGCAGAAGGGGGAGCCCUGUGAGGUGUGCCCAACGCUGCCUGAAGAUUUCCAGAACUUUGUGGGGCUGCCUGGAAAACCAGGGCCCAAGGGAGAACCAGGUGAUCCAGCUCCGAUCAGGGAGGGCCUGGGAUCUGCCGGACAGAAAGGUGAUCGGGGAGACCCUGGCAUCCAAGGCAUCAAAGGAGAGAAGGGGGAGCCCUGCUUGUCCUGCGGCUCGCCUGUAGAAGCCCAGCACCUCAGAGAAGUGAGCUCCCCGGGCCUCGGCUUGCCUGGCCUUCCGGGCAAAGCUGGUGCUCCGGGGCCUGCAGGGCUGAAAGGAGAGAAGGGUAAUUUUGGGGAGGCGGGGCCAGCUGGCAGUCCGGGGCCACCAGGGCCGGCAGGACCAGCGGGCAUCAAAGGGGCAAAGGGGGAGCCUUGUGAGCCAUGCCCAGUCCUGUCCGAGCCCCAGGAUGGCGUUGGCCGCAUGGUGGCCUUGCCCGGCCCUGCUGGAGAGAAGGGGGAUCCCGGGCCUCCAGGCUUCGGCCUGCCGGGAAAGCAGGGCAAGGCUGGAGAGCGUGGACUGAAGGGGCAGAAGGGUGAUGCCGGGAAUCCUGGGGACCCGGGAAUGCCAGGCACUGUGGGGCAGCCGGGACUGUCAGGAGAACCUGGGGUGCGGGGCCCCGCAGGGCCGAAAGGAGAAAAGGGUGACGGCUGCACUGCCUGCCCCAGCCUGCAGGGAGCGUUGACCGGCGUGGCGGGGCUGCCUGGGAGGCCGGGCCCCAAAGGAGAGCAGGGCCCAGAAGGCGUGGGCCGGCCUGGCAAAGCGGGUCAGCCUGGUCUGCCAGGAGUUCCGGGGCCCCCAGGACUGAAGGGCACACAGGGUGAGCCAGGGCCUCCAGGAAUAGGAGCACAGGGGCCCCAGGGGGAGCCUGGAGCCCAGGGCUUGCCUGGCAUUCAGGGCCUUCCGGGACCUCGGGGCCCACCCGGCCCCACUGGAGAGACAGGUGCCCAGGGAGCUCCAGGGAUGAAAGGAGCCACUGGGCCUGCGGGGCCUCCAGGUGCCAGUGUCUCUGGCCCUCCGGGCCACGCUGGGCAGCAAGGACAGAUGGGCCAUCCAGGAGUCAGAGGGAUGCCGGGCGAGAAGGGAUCUCGAGGAGAGAAGGGUGAGCCAGGGGAGUGUGCCUGCCCCCACCGAGGCGACCCCAUCUUCUCUGGCAUGCCGGGUGCUCCGGGACUUUGGAUGGGCAGCUCAUGGCAGCCGGGCCCGCAGGGUCCUCCGGGUGUUCCUGGACCGCCAGGGCCCCCUGGAAUGCCUGGGCUGCAGGGAGUGCCUGGGAACAACGGUCUGCCAGGACAGCCUGGGCUCACCGCGGAACUGGGGUCGCUCCCCAUCGAGCAGCACCUCCUCAAGAGCAUCUGUGGGGACUGCGUCCAGGGCCAGACGGCCCGCUCUGUGUCCCUGCUGGAGAAAGGAGAGAAGGGAGACCAGGGCAUCCCCGGUGUGCCAGGACUGGACAACUGCGCCCGGUGCUUCUUGGAGCGGGAGCGGCCCCGAGCUGAGGAGGCCAGGGGAGACAACAGCGAGGGAGAACCCGGUUGUGCUGGGAGCCCUGGCCUGCCUGGGCCUCCGGGACUGCCAGGCCAGAGAGGAGAAGAGGGUCCACCCGGCGUGAGAGGCUCCCCGGGUCCUCCAGGCCCUAUUGGCCCCCCAGGUUUUCCUGGUGCUGUUGGCUCCCCCGGAUUGCCCGGCCUUCAAGGAGAGCGAGGCCUCAGGGGCCUGACGGGAGACAAGGGGGAACCGGGUCCUCCAGGGCAACCUGGUUACCCAGGCGCCAUGGGCCCCCCGGGACUGCCUGGCAUCAAGGGAGAGCGCGGUUACAGCGGGCCCGCGGGAGAGAAGGGGGAGUCGGGCCCACCAGGAUCAGAAGGCCUCCCAGGUCCCCCAGGCCCAGCGGGGCCCCGAGGAGAGCGAGGACCCCAAGGGAACUCUGGUGAGAAGGGUGACCCGGGAUUCCAAGGUCAGCCAGGCUUUCCAGGCCCGCCGGGUCCCCCAGGAUUCCCUGGCAAAGUUGGAGCCCCUGGACCACCCGGACCCCAAGCGGAGAAGGGCAGCGAAGGGAUGCGAGGCCCAUCAGGCAUGCCUGGUCCCCCUGGGCCACCAGGACCUCCCGGGAUCCAGGGCCCUGCCGGCCUGGACGGUCUGGAUGGAAAGGAUGGAAAGCCUGGCCUGAGGGGAGACCCCGGCCCCGCUGGACCCCCCGGACUCAUGGGACCCCCGGGCUUCAAGGGGAAGACAGGACAUCCCGGCCUCCCAGGACCCAAGGGUGACUGCGGCAAUCCAGGUCCGCCUGGCAGCAGCGGCCGGCCCGGCGCGGAGGGUGAGCCUGGUGCCAUGGGACCCCAAGGAAGACCAGGACCCCCUGGCCAUGUUGGGCCGCCGGGGCCUCCAGGCCAGCCAGGGCCAGCUGGGAUCUCAGCCAUGGGCCUGAAAGGAGACCGGGGAGCCACUGGAGAAAGGGGCCUCGUGGGCCUCCCGGGCCAGCCUGGCCCACCCGGACACCCUGGGCCCCCGGGUGAGCCCGGGACGGAUGGUGCGGCCGGCAAAGAGGGACCUCCUGGAAAGCAGGGACUCUAUGGACCCCCUGGUCCCAAGGGCGAUCCGGGACCUGCGGGGCAGAAAGGCCAAGCAGGAGAGAAGGGGAGAGCCGGCAUGCCUGGGGGGCCUGGCAAGAGCGGCUCCAUGGGGCCUGUCGGGCCGCCAGGUCCUGCGGGGGAGAGAGGCCACCCUGGGUCUCCGGGGCCAGCUGGGAGCCCUGGAUUGCCCGGGGUGCCUGGCUCCAUGGGAGACAUGGUGAAUUACGAUGAAAUCAAGAGGUUCAUCAGACAAGAGAUUGUCAAAAUGCUUGAUGAGAGGAUGGCCUACUACACCUCCAGGAUGCAGUUCCCCAUGGAGAUGGCAGCGGCUCCAGGCCGGCCCGGGCCCCCCGGGAAGGAUGGCGCCCCGGGCCGGCCAGGCGCUCCCGGGUCACCGGGGCUCCCCGGUCAGAUUGGCAGAGAAGGACGGCAGGGCUUGCCAGGAAUGAGAGGACUACCUGGCACCAAAGGUGAAAAGGGGGACACCGGUGUUGGCAUUGCGGGAGAAAAUGGCCUGCCUGGCCCCCCAGGUCCCCAAGGGCCUCCGGGGUAUGGCAAGAUGGGUGCCACAGGACCCAUGGGCCAGCAGGGCAUCCCUGGCAUCCCUGGCCCCCCGGGGCCCAUGGGCCAGCCAGGCAAGGCGGGUCACUGCAACCCCUCGGACUGCUUUGGAGCCAUGCCAAUGGAGCAGCAGUACCCACCCAUGAAAACCAUGAAGGGGCCUUUCGGCUGAAGUCGCCGCCACCCGGUGGGAGAUGAAGGAAUCCAUUGGGGAUAAGUGGCCAAAGCUCCAGGACUCUGUGAUGGGUUGUGAAUGUUUCGUUGUUGUUGUUUUUAAUUGCUGUUAAUAUUUUUUUAAACAAUAAAGAAACAAAAGGAUCUGCAAUCCCACGUCCAGUGGGGUGCCUCCGGUGCUGCA